GCCAACCGGACGUGGCUGCUGCUGGACUUCGACGAGGGCAUGUUGGAGGACUGGCGCUCCCUGGCCAGCGGCGACGGGCGGCGCGGCGAGAGGGCGAGCGUGAAGGCGCUGCUGGUGGCCGCCUACUCCGUCAUCAUCGUCAUCUCGCUCUUCGGGAACACGCUGGUGUGUCACGUCAUCGUCAAGAACAAGCGCACGCAGUCGGCCACCAGCGUGUUCAUCAUGAACCUGGCCGUGGCCGACGUCUUCAUCACGGUGCUCAACACGCCCUUCACCCUGGUGCGCUUCGUGCACAGCACCUGGGUGUUUGGCAGGACCAUGUGUCACGUCAGUCGCUUCGUACAGUACUGCUCGCUGCACGUCUCCACGCUCACGCUCACCGCCAUCGCCGUGGACCGACGCCAGGUGAUCCUGCAUCCCCUAAGACCCCGCAUGACCCCGACUCAAGGCAGCGUUUGGGUCGCCGUCAUCUGGAUCAUGGCCAGCUGCUUCUCCCUCCCACACGCCAUCUACCAAAAACUCUUUACCUUCACUUUCAGCCAGGAGAGGGAGCGCAGUCUGUGCAUCCCAGACUUCCCCGAGCCCUCAGACGUCUCCUGGAAGUACAUCGACCUGCUCACCUUCAUCCUCCUCUACAUGCUGCCCCUCCUCGUCAUCACCAUGUCCUACACCACGGUGGCCCACCGCCUGUGGCGCCACAGCGCCAUCGGCGACGCCACCACGGCGCAGCACGCCAACCAGAAGAGGAGGCGCCACCGCACGGUGGCCAUGCUGCUGAUGGUGGUGGUGGUGUUCGCCGUCUGCUGGUUCCCGCUCAACUGCUACGUGGUGCUGCUCUCCAGCCAGGCCAUCCACUCCUCCAACGUGCUCUACUUCUGUUUCCACUGGCUGGCCAUGAGCUCCACCUGCUACAACCCCUUCAUCUACUGCUGCCUCAACCCCAACUUCCGCCAGGAGCUCCGCCUCCUGCUGAGCGUGUGCAGGCGGCGCCGGAGAGUGACGGCGGAGCUGGCGCUGGAGCUGGAGCUGGAGCGCCGGCCCGCCCCGGCCGACGCUCCGUGCCGCAGGGACGCCUGGCCCGAGAAUGAGGAGCGCUUGGGACCGAGGCAAGCUUUGCCGCAGCCCAGCAAGGACUCCUCGCGGAAGAGUCGCACCCUGACCGGGGAGUCGCACCACCUUAAGGACGUGCAGGCGCUCUUCAUCGCCAGACAGGCGCUCACGGGGAGGACUGACAUCCAGUCUGUGGAGCCCUUCGUGGUUGUCAACUAA